AUGGCGUCCCCGUCGCGGCGGCUGCAGACGAAGCCGGUGAUCACCUGCCUCAAGAGCGUCCUGCUCACCUACACCUUCGUCUUCUGGGUGUCGGGCAUUGUGCUGCUGGCCGUGGGCAUCUGGGGCAGGGUGAGCCUGGCCGUCUACUUCUCCCUUUUGGACGAGAAGGCCACAAAUGUCCCGUUCGUCCUGGUGGGCGCUGGCACCGUCGUUGUCCUCCUGGGCACCUUCGGCUGCUUCGCCACCUGCCGCGGCAGCACCUGGAUGCUCAAGUUGUAUGCCAUGCUCCUGUCCCUCAUCUUCCUCAUCGUCCUGGUGGCUGCCAUCGUGGGGUUCGUCUUCAGGCACGAGAUCAAGACAAACUUUGAGAGUAACCUGAACCUGGCCUUGAAGGACUACAACGUGACCGCGGAUCGGCACAGCGAGGCUGUCGACACCAUCCAGAGAACGCUGCACUGCUGUGGGGUGCAGAGCUACUCCGACUGGGAGAGGACUGAAUACUUCAGCCAGAGGGGCAUCCCCCAGAGCUGCUGCAAGAACCAGAAUGACUGCUCGGAGGAAGAUCUGAAAGACCCAAACAAGGCCAAGCUGAAAGUGUUUGUGGAUGGUUGUUUUCUCCUGGUAACAUCAACAAUGGAGUCCAAAAUGAGCGUUGUGGCUGGAAUCUCCUUUGGCAUCGCGUGUUUCCAGUUGAUAGGCAUCAUUCUGUCCUGCUGCCUGUCCCGGUACAUCACGAACAACCAGUAUGAGAUGGUGUAG